AUGGCGCCCAUUGUCUUUAUUGUCAGGCAUGGUGCGCGUCUUGAUGCUGCCGACAAAGACUGGCAUUUGACCUCCCCAACUCCCUACGACCCUCCUCUCUGCUACGGUGGCUGGGUCCAGUCUCGGGCCUUGGGGGUCCGCAUCGCGAGUCUCUUGCAAACAUCUGACUUCGUAGGGACAAAGCCCGACGAAUCCCCGGAGGUCCCGACCAGUCCGCAUCCAUCCCUCGCCUCGGAUCUCUACAGCCGGUACAACGUGAUCAUCCAUACCUCCCCCUACCUCCGAUGUCUGCAGACUUCCAUCGCCAUCAGCGCAGGUCUGAGCCAGUCACGCCCAAGCACCGAAGACCCUGAAGACCCCCUGGUAGACACCGUGAGUCCAGAUCUGCGGCCUUUGGUGCGCGUCGACGCUGUUUUGGGGGAAUGGCUAUCUCCCGACUACUUUGACCAAAUCACGCCACCGCCUGGCUCGGAUCGGAUGGUCGCUUUGGCCAAGACAGAACUGCUGCGUCGGGGUGAAAUACUUCCGUCGGUGCGGGAAGGGACCCGGGCAUUAUCAGGCCACUUCCCGGGUGGCUGGGGGAGCCAGUCUCAUCCUACGUCCCCGAAUGAGGACGACAACGCUGCGCAAGGACCUUUAUCGGCAGGAAAUGCUCGUCAACGCGCGAGUACCUUUGACGUGCCCCAGGGCCACGCUCCCGCCGGCCUGGAUAUCAACCGCCCAGCCAAGUCCAAUGCCUCUUACGUGGCUCCAACGCCUGGCUACGCGGUUUCUCCUGCAGACCGCAUUCCCUCGGGGUAUGUCACCCAUGCGCGCGACGCUUGUGCCAAGAUCGACUACCAGUGGGAUAGUAUGCGGGCACCCUAUUGGGGCACUGGCGGGGAGUAUGGGGAGGAAUGGAGCUCCAUGCAGGAGCGCGUUAGUGAUAGCUUUCAACAGAUGAUGGAGUGGUACCAAAAGCCGGAAUCGACUGCUCGAUCCAGAGCGACCACCAAUGAUGCAUUGCGCAAAGAUCGCUCUGCCCAGACCGUUAUCAUCAUCGUUACUCACGGUGCGGGUUGCAAUGCCUUGAUCAACUCUUUGGCUGGUCACCCCGUUCUAUUGGACAUUGGCACUGCCUCGGUGACGCUGGCUGUGCCACGAAACCGGUUGCCAAUCGACACGCCUGAUUACGACCGGUCGACGAAAUCGUUUGACCCGGUUGAUCGACCAAUCUCGCACGACUAUACACUGCAGCUGGUGGCGUCCACUGACCACCUACGGCCAGGAAGCAACCCCUCCCAGCUGACCUCCCUCACAUCUCUCUCCGCACCCCAACCACCACCGCAACCAUUUCGCAAUCGCCUCGGCUCCCGGCCUCAACCCCUCCAAGGAUCGUUCCCGCUUGGUCCUAUUGCAGGGGCCACGAUGAGCCCUCGUGGAUGGUCUCUCGCUCACCGUCCAUCGACCUCGGAAGUCCCUCGGGCGUCUGGACUUUGGGGCGCCAUGGCCUCGCCUGUCGAGAAAGACGAGGAGCCGGAAGAUUUCGUCCCCAAUUUCGGGGACCAGCGACCCGUGAGCCAUGACUCUCCUCUGCCUGAUGGACCUGUGGACCGAACGGGGUGGACCAAACAAUUGCCUAAGCGAACGCUCUCCCAGCGAGGUCUCUGGGGAAGUGCCCCGUCCCUGGAGAAUCGGGACUCGGCAUCGAGACGACGAUGGACCUUGGCGGAACAGAAGCUAUGA